UAUUCAAUAAUUGAAAAAUUACCCAAAAUGUUUAUGAUGAAAAAUCCCACUUUGGAAAAUUAUACUAUUAAAUUUUUAUACAAUUUAUCAUUUGAUGUAACACUUAGUGAUGAGAUUUUAAAAGUUGGACUACUACCAAAGAUAACAGAAUUAAUAGGCACAGAAGAAARUAGUGAGUUGGUAUGCCGGUUAUGUUACCAUUGUAGUAUGGAUGAUCGAUCUCGAGCCUUGUUUUCACAUACAAAUUGCUUAUCAAAGAUUUCAGAUUUACUAUUAACAUUUAAUCAGUACAAUUUAAUAUUGGCUGCAUUAUGCACAAAUUUAACUUUAAAUGAACGAAAUUCGCAACUUUUAAUUGCAAAACAAGGUUUGAAACCUUUUGUACAGUUAGCCAUUGAUACAUCAGAUUUAAUGUAUUAUAAAAUCCUUCACAACAUGUCUAGCCAUGAGUCAUUAAAACCUCAAUUUGUAGAACUUAUUGGACAAUUUGCUCAUUUAGUUMCUAUAUUAAAAGAUAUUGAAUGCAUAAUCGAAUGUGUUGGAAUUAUUGCUAAUGUAAAUGUUCCAGAAGUAGACUUUAAAGAACUUUUGGAGUCAAAUAAUUUAAUUUCAUGGAUGGUACAAUUUGUAUCCUAUUUAAAUAUCUCYAAUUUCCAUAAUAUUCCUGCGUACCAAAUAAUAGAUCAAAAGGGAGAUGACGAAUUAACGAUACAGAUAAUGUAUCUUCUAUAUCAACUUAUGUGUCAUCCAAUUACAGGAGAUUAUAUCAUUCAAAAUACAGUAUUCUUGAUUAUUUUUAAGGAAUUUGAUGAAACGUGGACAAAAAAAAUAAGGGCUGCAAAGUUCUGCUGGUUCAAUGCCUAUUGGUUGAAUAUGAUGAAAAAUGAAUGUGAUGUACCAAGUAUAAAACCUAAAUAUGACUCUAAUAACGAAAUAAAUUUGUAUAGUUAUGUACAUCAAGCAAUAUUGAUGCCUGAAGAUGAUUUCAUGUAUGAUAAAGAUGAUAAUAUUGAGAUUAUGUCAACAAAAUCACACACUAAUAGUAGUCGGCCAGAAAGCAGAAAUCUAGAAGAUAGAUUUGAUUACGAGCUUGAUACAUUCAAUGAAGAGCAGUACAACAUUGAUAAUUAUGAUGAUGAUAUUACAAGUACAGGUGGACAUUUGAUGCAAAAAUUUACGAACAACAUUAUUCAUUUUACAGAUUAAUUUUCCUUUCGUUUUCUAUUUUGUUUAGCUACCAUAUAUUUCACUUAAUUUAUACUAUAAUGUAUUAUUACAUCUAWAAUUAAUGUUAUUAACCAUCUAAAUUAGCGGAGAAGUCUAAAAAGUAACUACUAAACAUUUAAUUUCACGUUAUAUUGCAUAUACCAAUAUAUAAAUAUAUAUAUUUACG